AUGCCCAUCAAACCCGGCGACCUCGUCUCCAACCCUCCAGGCCCCAAACCAAACAUGGUUUGGGACGGAAGACGAAUGCGUGUUUUGUGGGAAAAACGUCACGGGAAUGGAGAUCCAAGUAACAACUUGAUCCCGCAUACUAAAAUAACCGUACGAGGUCAUCCAACAUGGAAGCUAUAUGAUGGCGAUGUACCUAUUCCAAUCAUCCGGGGCAAGAACGAACCACCACACUACGUGUAUCUGGAUGACAGGGCGUGCUACACCACUUAUGCUUCAAAUGCCUACACUACAAAAGAACUACAAACAUAUUGGCCCUUCGACUUCGAUCGAUUUGGGAACAUAGUUAUCAAGCGGCCUAACAGAGGUCGCCCGGCUCACACUGAUGACCCAUGCACCGCUUACGCGACAGGUCCUAUGCGCGGUACAAUCGAGAAGUAUGAGUUCUGUGGUGCGUCUGAGUUAUUGAGGGAGUAUAACGUCGUACCACGGUCAAAGGAGAAGAAAGAACGACCAAAAGCGCCAGAAUCUCGAUUUAGCGAUCAAAUCUCCCUGAGCGGAACAAUUCCAGACCUCAGCAAAUUACUCUCUACCCCAGGUCUGACUACUCCCAAAGCACCACCAGCAUUAGUCAUGUCCAAAGCAAUACGAAAGCCCGCACCAUUGCCCAAAGCGACAUUGCCUACGAACGUCAGGCCUAUAUUCCCCCCACCUCUCAAACGCGAGUCGGGAUCGCCCACAAGCAACACCCGUGUCAAACUCGAAGAUGAUACCCCUAUACAGUAUGUCACCAAUCCGUUCGAGGGUACACCAAAGCCCCUGGACAAACCAGCGAGGGCUGUUCGGACCUCGCCGCACUUCAACAUUCCCACAAGCAACACUCGUAUUAAAUGCGAGGAUAGUGCUACUACGCCGUAUAUCACCAGGCCGCUUCCUAGCAUAUCAGAGCCCCUGAAUUUAUCAACGAGAACUAUUCAGACCUCGCCGCACUCCAAUAUUCCCUCCGCUCCCGCUACCUUUCGAAAGCGCCCACUCCACGGGUCAUUGGCAAACUUCUACCCAAAGCGCGCCGUGAAUGACGCAUUUCCGGUGGAACCUAGGGUUGCUCGUAGGGGCUUCUUUGCAGAGUCUUUCGCAGUGGAUGUGGCAGAGGCCAAGAGGGUUAGAGUGAAGGAGGAGGAUUCUGAUACUUGA